AUGGGGAUGGCUCUCUUCGUUCUCUUCAUCCUGGCCUACAUCCACAUCGCCUUCUCCCGCUCCCCCAUCAACUGCCUGGAGCACGUGCGGGAUAAGUGGCCCCGCGACGGCAUCCUGCGCGUGGAGAUCCAGCGCAACUCCAGCCGAGCCCCCAUCUUCCUGCAGUUCUGUGGGGUCGAGAAGUUCCCGGGCAUGGUGGUGGAGUCCACGGCCGAGGAGGAGGAGGAGGAGGAGGAGGAAAUGACUGUGGAUAUGUUUGAAAACAGCUCUAUCAAGUUUGAGCUGGAUAUCGAGCCCAAGGUGUUCCUCAAGCCCUCCCGGGUGAGCAGCACCGAGCUGCCCCACAACGACAGCCAGGAGUUCUCGUUUAGUGAUGCGGCCACUAAAGUGUGGCCGCAGGAGGAGUACAUCGUCGAGUACUCACUGGAGUACGGAUUCCUGCGCCUGUCCCAGAGCACGCGGCAGCGCCUCAGCAUCCCCGUCAUGGUGGUGACCCUGGACCCCACCAGGGAUCAGUGCUUCGGGGACAGGUUCAGCCGCCUGCUGCUGGACGAGUUCCUGGGCUACGACGACAUCCUCAUGUCGAGUGUCAAAGCUUUAGCUGAAAACGAGGAGAACAAAGGUUUCCUUCGCAAUGUGGUGUCUGGAGAGCACUAUCGCUUUGUCAGCAUGUGGAUGGCCAGGACCUCCUACCUGGCAGCCUUCGUCAUCAUGGUCAUCUUCACUCUGUCCGUCUCGAUGCUGCUGCGCUACUCACACCACCAGAUCUUUGUCUUCAUCGUUGACCUGCUGCAGAUGCUGGAGAUGAACAUGACCAUUGCGUUCCCUGCGGCUCCACUCCUCACUGUCAUCCUGGCUCUGGUCGGUAUGGAGGCCAUAAUGUCCGAGUUCUUCAACGACACCACGACCGCGUUCUACAUCAUCCUCAUCGUGUGGCUGGCAGACCAGUACGACGCCAUCUGCUGCCACACCAACACCAGCAAGAGGCACUGGCUCAGGUUCUUCUACCUGUACCACUUUGCCUUCUACGCCUACCACUACCGGUUCAACGGGCAGUACAGCAGCCUAGCGCUUGUCACCUCCUGGCUCUUCAUCCAGCACUCGAUGAUUUACUUCUUCCACCACUACGAGCUGCCGGCCAUCCUGCAGCAGAUCCGGAUCCAGGAGAUGCUGCUGCAGAACCAGCAGGUCGGGCAGGGCACCCAGACCACGCUGCAGGACAACCUGAACAACAACACGGCG